GCGCCCGAAAGCGCAUACGCAGGCUGGGGACGAGUAGGCUACAUCACCUGACAGAGGCGGACAUCAUCCGACCGACUACAAAAACACGCGCUUUCAUUCUGUCCCCCGAUGAACCUCUAAAACUCAUUUAUUGUGACCUCUAUUUACUUCGGCAUGCACGAUGCAAGGUGGAUGAUCUCUUUCGACCGCGAUAAGGAACUGUGAUGUCUGGAGACGCGUUUGACGGAUCACCUCCUGAUGCGUUUACUCGAAGUGGGCAGCGGCAUUACAUCCUAGGCUGCAGCGCGGCCGCUACGUUGUUGUUUCUGGCUGGAACGCUGUUUGAUCGCGUGUUCCCAACACCUGCUCGGAAAAGGUUGCGCUUACCUUCGGCGCAGUGAACCGCGCACAGGACACAUUUCUACAAUUUGCGCCCGCUAAAGGUGCCUUCGGGAUGGUCUCUGCGUACUGGCAACCUGCAGUAAAUCAGUAUCUCCGUUCUUGGUGCCAGUGAUAACUACUAGGGGCUAAACCCAAAGCAAGCCUCUGUCUGAAUGCCCUUAAAUCGGAAGUACCGCAGUGAAGUUUAAAUCGCACUGAAUCAGUUUCGUCGCGACCAUGCCAGUUAGUGCAAUGCCAAGAGGGCGAUCUCUCAGCCCGGUGUCCCUGUCCCACAGCCUCUCCCGGCUGAGGGAGUUCCGAACGCGGACUCGGAUCAUGCUUUCGCUCGGAGUUUCUCAGAUGGUUCUGGGGAGUCUGAUACUGGCUGUCAGUUUUGCCGCCUUAGCCCUUACUACCUCUCCCAAAGUCAGGCAUUCCUGCCCUUUUUGGGCUGGUUUCUCGGUGCUGCUGUCAGGUCUGAUUGGGGUGGUGUCAUGGAAAAGGCCUCUCUCUUUGGUGAUCACCUUCUUCAUGCUGCUGUCGGCGGUGUGUGUGAUGUUGAACCUUGCUGGUGCCAUCCUAUCCUGUCACAAUGCCCAGCUGGUCAACUCUCAGGAGGACUGUCAACUGAUAAAAUCUGACAGUGAUGGUGUGUGUGUUUGCUGCAAACACCAGAGCCCCAGCUGCAACAACCCGGGAGAGAUGCUGAAACUCAAUCCGCUAAGGGACUGCAAUACUAUUCGCCUGCGUCUAAAGGAGCUGUUAUUUAGUGUGUGUGCUUUGAAUGUCAUCUCCACCAUAGUGUGUGCACUUGCUACAGCCAUGUGCUGCAUGCAGAUGGUCUCCAAUGAUAUCCUGCAGAUGUUCAUGCCACACCGAGCACGAGCACUGAGUGCUGACUGCAUGAGCCCUCAUGGGACCAUCCUGCACCAGACCCUGGAUUUUGACGAGUUCAUCCCCCCAAUCCCCCCACCACCCUACUACCCCCCAGAGUACACCUGCACCCCUGUGCUGGAGGGCCAGAGAAGCCUGCAUCUAGACUUCCCGCAUUCCCCCUUCAGCGCCAUAUAUGGUGUGCCCAUCAACAGCCCAGGCACGGUGUACCCAUCAGAGCUCCCGCCCCCAUACGAGUCAGUGGUAGGUCAGACCCCGGCCAGCCAGGUCACCACCAGUUUGGAGCAACAGGCUACAGAGUCCAGCGUGUGUGAGAGGAACACAGCCACAAACUUCAGCAAUCAGGCGUCAGUGGACAGUGCCUCCCUGAUGGUGUCUGAGCUGGCUGACCUCCCUGACCAGAGCUGCUCCUCUGAGGACUUGUGCUCGCUGGAGGUGCAGGGCUCCGACAUCUCCCCGUACGGGACGCUACGCAGAGCUCCCGCCACCGACAGCUGUGGCAGCCUGGAAGGCAGCAGCUGCUCGCCGCUCCGCUGUCACACGUCGUCACGCAGCCGACUCCUCCAAAGUGAGGCUUCUGUCGCACGGGACUCGAUGGCCCACUCACCCGACUGGUCCCCGGAGAAUGCUGCCGUCCCAGAGAAGGGAGAGAGCACCGCAGUCAGCCCGCCCUCUGCAUGGUGGAGAGAGCAAGCCAAUCAGAAGCUCAUCCUACCCACUGCUCCACCAACAGAAGCCCAGACCUGUGCGUCCCCCGGAGCUGUGCCCCGUGUAGCAGGGGCGGCGUUCACCUCUAGUCUCCCAUCCUGCUCCCCGCCGUCUCCUCCCGGGCGAGCCCGGGGACCACGGCUCUGCUUCAGUGUCUGGUCCCCGUCAGCCUCUUCAUCAUCUUCCUCCUCAAUGCCACAGCCCUCAUCUACCUCAGCCCACAGUGGCUCCUUGACCUGCGAGCGAGUGCGAGGGAUCCGAGCCCCUCGCUACCGCACCCUGGCGCGGAUCGUGCGCUCCACCAGUGACCCUAUCUCCUGUAACUCCAUAGACAGAAGUGAAAGCUGUUCCUGUACCUCUGCGGGUAACCAAGCACAGGAGGAGUUCCCGCAGACCGCUUCUGAUCACGCCUACGCAGAGCGCUCUAGCAGCACGGUGUCCCGGUUUACCAAACACAGCAGCCGUGGGGCCAAGAAGCAGAAGGAGGGUGGGAAGGCGGACCUCCGUUUUAAAGCCUACCCCCUGCGCCCCGCCUCCUCUGAGCGCCCCCGCUCACUGGCGGACCUCAAGACCUACAAAGACACGAAGAUCCUGGUGGCCAGAUUCCUGGAGCACUCCAGCUGUUCCUUCCCCCCUGAGGUGCAGCAGGUAGUCAACAGCAUCAAGUGCGUCAUCAAAUCAGAUGAGAAGCACAUGGAGGAGGCCAUUUUUAGUGCCAGUAUUCUGGAUCAGGUGAUGUCCCAGACCAGGCAAGCAGUGAGCAGUCCCAGAAAGAACAUUCAUGACGAUCUGCACCUGCACAGCUGUGGAGCUCUGAGCUCACCAUCCACGUCUCCGCACCACCCGCCCGGGAGCCCGGGUCAACGCCGCCCUCGUCGGCCCCGAAGCCUCGUCAGCGUGUGCAGAGAAACGAUACUCUGACCCAGAGCUCAUGCUAAGCCAGGGACCAGGAGCCCGCAAAGCCCUGUGUUUCCCAAGCACUGUGCCAAGGCUGGAUCCUAGCUUUCGUCAGCAGAAACAGUAGCACUCAGAAAAGUCAUCCCGGGGGGAAGGGGGUCCCUCGGCUCACAAUCAAAAACAAAAAAACAACACAACAAAAUCAUAAAAGAAUAUUCACCCUUACGGGUGUGUUUUUUUUUUAGUUUUGCUGUCAAAGAGGCAAAACAUCUGCAAGUUUGGAGUUUGGAGAUCUGUGUAAGACAAAUGGGGAGAAAGGACAAAGCACUCAAGGGGCAAGACAGACAGA